GUUUGAAAUAUGAAAAUGAUAUAAUUUUAUUCCAAUUUCUGUACAACAUGUCGAGAAAAGUCUCUACUUCAGAGGAAAAUAGCAUACCAGUCACAUUAGAUUUACGUAAAGCUAGUGAUACAGCUUCUUAUGGUUUCAGAGAGAUGGUAGAAGCCAACCAGGAGCAUAGCCAGAACAAGCCCUUUAUUAAUAACCAUCAGAAAAUAAUAAAGAGACAUUCUGUUUCAGAGGAUCCUAGUGAACUUCUUGUAGGAAUCUCUGAUAUGUUUGUGAAGACUGAUCUAAUGCAGAAAAUCAGCUAUUCCUCUAUAAGUCACCAUAAUGAUCACAAAUAAAGGUAAGUGGAAGAUGGUGUCCACUUCGAUCCUGAACAAGUUUGCCCCAUCGCACAAUAUCUUCAUGCAGCAGUUAGACAUCCUGCGCUCGAAGAAAGAUGAAGCCAAUGAUGAGCAAAGGCUUGAUGAUGACUUUAAAGACACUCCUAUAAGCAGCCCUAAAACUAGGAAGAAGGCAGAUAAUCCCAAAAUUCAAAGAUUAAGGCAAAUUUCUAUGAAGAAUCAAGACUCAUGGAAAGACAAGUACUCCAGCAGUCCACAUCUGCAAGAAAUCUCGAAAAUAAAAGAUAAACACAAGCUCAGUCGCCUGAAGCUAAAGCAUCUAUGAGAUAUCAUCAAGAGUGAUAAUAAAGGGAUAAUGAGUCACCUUAAAAAGCGUAGGAACAGCUGUCACCAAAGAAGCCCAAGAUAUCGUUUAAGAAGCUCGAAGAAGACUCUAAGAGCUACUAGUAUUGACAAAUAAAGAGAUAAAACUAAAACCUUGAGAAAACAUCUUCACCCAUAAGCUUAAAGAUUACAAAAUGAAAGUAAGGAAGUCCAGUACAUUCAGAGACACACAAAGACCCAAAACUGGCUUUUCCUUGAAAGACAAAAUCCGAAGAAAUCUCAUAAAAAGAAAUAAAUCUAAAUUGAAACCUAAUAUACUGACUUCGAAGAAGAUCAAAAUCAAAAGAAAUCUUUUGAAAGAUAGAAGGUCAAGAAGAAAUUUUCCAAGGAACAACAACUCUUUGCCGCGCCCAUUGUUUAAGAACACCCAGAAAUAUACAGUGAUCCCUAACAAUAAUGAAUUUACUGGUUCUAAUGAGCAAAACGCUUUGAAUUGAGUGCAUGUGCAGCCCUUGAGAAGCCCACCAGCUGUGAAUAAACCACAAGAGUCACAUAAGAAGUCAUUGUCAGUUCAGAAUCCCAAGCUGCAGAUGGCCCAGAUCUACCUCCAAGAUCUUCUUGCUUAGACUCUCAUA